AUGUCGGUGCCUGCCCCCUCCAGCCGUCCCUCCGCCCCAAUCCUCUCCACCGUCUCGCCGCGCGCUCCUUCCUCUCUGACUGCGCAUGGGCGGAGCGCCGACGAAGCCCCUGUUAUUAUUGUCCGCGCGCACGCAUCCACUUUUACGAAAAUGGCGGCGAGUCAAGGCGGAGCGGGAACCGUGGCGGCGCUGCAGGGCCAGCCCUACCCGAGCGUGCCUCACUGGAACCCGGGCGUGCUGCAGCACCAGCAGCCGCUGCACACGGCGCGGAGCCUGGAGCGCGCGCUGGAGGACGCCGUCUGCUCGGGCAUCCUCAACAUCAGCGGCAGGAAGCUGCGCGACUACCCGGGACUCAGCUACGACCUCACGGAUACCACACAAGCAGAUUUGUCCAAGAACCGCUUCGGAGAGAUCCCCCCUGAAGUGUGUAUGUUUGCUCCGCUGGAGUCGCUCAACCUCUACCACAAUUGCAUCAAGAUGAUUCCGGAAGCCAUUGUCAACUUACAGAUGCUUACGUACCUCAAUAUCAGUCGGAAUCAGCUGUCGGUUCUACCCAAAUUUCUGUUCAACCUUCCUCUCCGGGUCCUGGUGGUCAGCAACAACAAACUGGUGUCUGUUCCAGAUGAGAUCGGCAAGGCGAAAGACCUCAUGGAAUUGGACAUCAGCUGUAAUGAAAUUCAGGUGCUUCCUGCUCAGAUGGGGAAACUCCUCGCCUUACGAGAACUCAACAUCAGGAGAAACUGCCUGCAAGUCCUACCUGACGAGUUGUCUGAUCUACCGUUGAUCAGGUUGGAUUUCUCCUGUAAUAAGAUCACUGAAAUCCCUCCAUCUUACCGUAAGCUCUGCCAGCUGCAGCACAUCAUUCUCGACAACAACCCCAUGCAGUCCCCUCCAGCACAGAUUUGUCUGAAGGGGAAGAUUCAUAUCUUUAAGUAUUUAAACAUGCAGGCAUGUCGGCUGGAUAAAAAGCCUGACUCACUGGACCUCCCCACGUUGGGCAAACGCUGCUUACCGCAGCAGCUUACAGACAGUAUGGAGGAUUUUUACCCUAGUAAGAACCACGGACCUGAUUCGGGUAUUGGCAGCGACAACGGCGAUAAGAGACUUUCCACUACAGAGCCCUCUGAUGAUGAUACUAUCAGUCUACACUCUCAGGUAUCUGAGACAGCACGAGCUGAUGCCCACUCACUCCUGUGCAAGCUGGACUCAAGCAAAGAUCAGGACCCGUAUGACUUCAUUGACCCGAACCCAGAUGAAGAGGCAGUGCUGUGUGAGGGAGAUCUGCAGCAGAGCACGCCCUACGUGUCCUGCAUAAAGGAGUUGGAGAGGGUUCUUAAAACACACCAAAGCAAAGACAAGGAGAACUGGAAGGAGGAAUCUGGAUCGGAGAAAGAGCAGCUUGCGGAGGAAGAGGAGGAUGAACUCAAGGAAGUUUUGGACCUGAGGAAGAUAGCAGUGCAGCUUCUACAGCAAGAGCAGCAGAACAGGUUUCUCAGUCAUUCAGGAGGAAGCAGCAAACAGAGAUCUCCUUCACAAGCUGUCAGGAGCGCAUCACUGGAUGAGGGCAGCAGUGCGGCUUCAGCAGUGUGUGGACAGGAUGCGGACCUCACAGAUGAAGACGCAGCUUUCUCAGAGCCUUCUUCCUCCUGCUCGUUUGACGGGAGCCUCAAGUCAGAGAACAGUGACUCUGAGCCGAAAUGGCCUGAACUUCCCCCCAUUCUCAAUCAGAAUGAGGACCGCAGACGGAACAAAUAUCUGAGGAAAGACUACCUGAAGUACAAGUGUCAGAGUGCACGAAGAAACUCCACCGACAAUGACUGUGAGGAGGCUAUGCGCUCCACUGACUUCAGCACAACUCUGACUGUCUUUGGCCUGAAGCCCCGAUCAGCAUUUUCCCGUAGCAGUCGUCAAGAGUUUGGCUCCACGGAUCCCAGCUUCACCAUGAGGAGGAAAAUGGAACACCUCAGAGAGGAAAUGGAACAGAUACGUCUCCUGCGGCAGAAUCUGGAGUCGAGGUUGAAGGUUUUAUUGCCUGAAGAUGUUGGUGCUGCUUUAAUGGAUGGUGUUGUUCUUUGCCAUCUGGCCAACCAUAUUCGACCUCGCUCUGUGGCCAGUAUUCAUGUGCCCUCCCCUGCUGUACCAAAGCUGAGCAUGGCCAAGUGCCGGCGGAACGUUGAGAAUUUUCUGGAAGCGUGUAAAAAGCUCGGUGUGCCACAGGACAAGUUAUGUUUGCCUCAUCACAUUCUGGAGGAGCGUGGUUUGGUGAAAGUCGGCGUCACUGUUCAAGCCUUGCUGGACUUACCGUCUUCAAAACCCACUCAGCUGUCCACCAUGUAGCACUGCAGUAAAAGCCAUGAUAAAGCCCUUAAAAGUGGGUUUGGCAGACGUUCCCUAGCAACUUGCGUCCUGCCUUGCCUCCGUCUUGCCCUUCGGCCACUUCCAGUCCGUUGACCUCAAGAGAGCUUCAAACCCUUCUCUGAGCAAAGGCCCUUUAUCUGUUACACCCCUUUUAAACUGACUGGUGCUUGUGCUGGUGCUCACACCAGAGCUAUUGCCUAAGCUCAAAGCUUACAUUUCCACAAUAAAAAUAUGUGUAACCUGUGCCAUUUUGGCCUCAUUGACCUGCUGGGCCAUGACCAAGGAACCAGUGGGGGGGGUGGUUAAUUCCAUCUCCACAAGAAGUUGUUUACAGGAGUUGAGACACUGUUUCAGACAAGAUGAAGAAAAUGAAGAGAGAAAAACAAGCUUCACUGACAAUCUGGUCCUCAAGAUAAGAACAUGAUAAAAUUGGAAAACUCAAGAAGACAAGCAGAUCUUACAUCGAAAUACAGGAGAAUGUGCUCAAAUGUGGGUUCAGCAGAACAAAUUGAGGAAAUGUAUGUCACAUCAAGUUGACUUCUGUUUCCGAGCUUGGCAGCGGCCACUUCUAGUUCUGUAAUCCCGGGAACCAGCACUGGCACCUUGUCAGUGUUGAAAGGGCAUUAGCACCCAUAACGGAGCAGCCAAGAACUUAAGCGAUUCGUUCCUGAACCAUACAUACUGCGGAGAGACUGAUGGGACCUUCAUUUGUUCUGUUGAGGCGAGUAAAGAGAGGAGUCAUUUUACAUCCUGUUCCAGGGAAAUAGAUAGUACCCCAUGUGGGUUUGGCCGGGGUUAUUUUUUUCUCCUCCAACACUUCAUCUACUGGACCGGUGAGCCCACAAGGGCGAGGACAGGAAGAAGUCUGACAGUUGAUUGGCUGACAUGGAACAGUCUCCUGCAUGAAGCCAAUAAAGUUCCAUUAAUGAAACAUGCCUUGACGCCUAUCCCCCACACUACGUGCAGCAUUUAUGGGUGUUAGAGAGGUGCGUGUACAUUUUGUAAAGAUGAACUGGAGUUGCGGCUUGUGUAGGUGAAAGCUGGUAAUUGAUUUGCUCCCCUGGAUUCACACUGUUGAGGUCUUUCCACACCAUGCACGGUUUAUUCAUGCGAUUUAUUCAAACACAAAUAAAUUCUAAUUAGCAUACCUGAUGAUAUCUUGCACACCAAACACAUUUCUUUCUGACCCACUGUUUAAUUUUUGCAAACUUUUGCAGGCAGGAUGAACCUGUCUCUGCUGUCUCUGGCAUUGGCAUGGCAACCAGGCUGAUAGAUCAAUUGUGUAAUACUAACCAAUGCUAGCAUUUCCAAAAGCAGCUCACACUGUGUUAUGGACAUCCAAGCCAUAUGCGAAAGCACUCAGAGUUUCAGCUCCUGAAUGAGGCGGUGAAACUCUCCAAAGGCACUGUUUGCCUGGUUUGAAGAGCAGUGGAUGUCUUUGUUACUCGAAGACGUUCUGCUUUGUUUUUUAUCGCAGCAAGAACGUGACUAAAUCCCCAAAAAAUUGCAUCGGGUGCAGUGUGAAAAAACGUUUCUGAAUAUUUCGUGUUGUUUACUUAUGUGGUAUUCGGUGUGCGAUGGCCUUAAAGGUGAGACAGUGUACUCUACACAGAAAGUGCGAAACAGACCAGGAUGUUCUAGAAUUCGUGUUUGGUUCUUGGUACCUAUAGAACAACUGUGUAGCAAUGCACAUUGGAAAAAGGAUUAACAAUUUUUUACUUUUUCCUUUUGUUUAUAGGCUCAGUUAAGUUAAUUACUUUCAAUAUUGCUGAAAAGAUUUCACUUUCACUGACUUAAUUUAGCAGGUUUUAGUUGUCAGAAAACAGGACAGGCAAUAUAGCCUGUAGGACUUUCCUGACAUCUGCAAGCUUUGUUUGUUGCACUCAUUUCAUUGUAGUUGUGCCAUAUAUACACAUAUUGUGAACUAACUUUUACUCCAACUUUCCACUUUUAGUCACUUUUUAAAUAUGCAUUGAUGUUGUGAUGGUUUUCAUGUAGCAUCACAGUUUUCAGAGAAGUCAGUAUAUAAGCACAUAUUCACAUACACAUGCACACAACAAGACUGACCUGACCCACAGUGCCACGUUUUGAGCCCGAAUCUGGCCCGAGCUGACAAAAUUUUGUCCGAAAGCGACCUGUCACACCUCAUCAAGUUCGGGGUCCGAAACUGACCCGAGCCCAACAAAAUAUAAUACUUUUAAUGAUAGCACUGGUAAACUUACAAUACACUAGCAAUAAUAUUAGAUUAUGGAUAAAAAUAAAUAAAUAAUGAAAUAAUCAGCUGCUUUAACUCAUUAAUUCAGUGCUUUCAGAAACACCCCGAGCGUUUUUUUUUUAGGCUAAACUGAAUGCUGUUCUCACACUGUGCGAUGCUGAUACAGCAAUGUGUUAGUUUACUCUGUUUAAUCCUUAAACUCCUUUUUUUAAACAAAGAAAAUCUUAGAUUUUACAUACUGAAAACUGAAAACUCCACUAAAUCGAUUCACUGGUUUAUUUCCCAUGCAUCCAUUUUCUCACAAGCAUGUUUUAUGGACCUCGGCUGAAUUCUAUCAACAGAAGUGGGUGACUUGAGUUUUUAAGGUAGUUAAAAUAGAGAGGAGGUAUACAGUACAGAGAAAACGAAAGCAGAGGAAACUGCACAGGGAACUCUGUUAAAAGUGGGAGGGGGGCUGUGAGUGUCAAGGAAUCAAGGAUGCAUACAUCAACACCGUAACUCGUUACGACGUACCCUCAUUUAACACUCUGAAAUCAGUUCAUGAAGUUCAGACCUUGUUAAUCAGAUGAUGAGCUGAUUCAGGUGUGUUUACUGAGGCUGUGUGCUGGAGUCUGCAGUGUUUUGGCCUGCGAGGAUUAGCCUGACACUGGUUACUGAUAUGUCUACAGGUACUUUAGUACGCAAGCAGUGCCAGUUUAUAAUGUUGCUGACAGAUAUACAGAUCUGUCAGGAUAACACACGUUUACUGUCUGUUUCACAGCAUCACCUAAAAGCAACUUUCUUUCUGUAAGCAGUAUCAAUUCAGCCGUGCAACAUUUUUUGCUAGUUAAAAGAAAUGAGAAAAGCUUCAAAUGAGAUCGCAUUCGUGUUUAGUUACGCUAUCUUACGUGAGAUAUUCAUUCAAACAGCAGGGGUCUUAUCUUUGUUGGAUUAUUUUCUUAAGUUGAUUGUUUCAGUUUAAUUUAUUCGGUGUAUAAUUUAAAUGUGACCAUGUGUUAUUGGACCUCUGUGAUUUUGUCCAACACUGUAGACAUUAUGUAUUAUUAGACCAGUGAUGUUACUGCCAACAGUUCCUGACUACUAAUUGUAUAGAGAUUUGAAGGGAAUUAUUUAUGUAUUUAUUGUAUAUUUAUUCAUUCACAUGGCUUUUUUUGUUUGCUAAACCAGCAUCAGAAAUGUAUGUCCUAGUGCUAAUGCUCAGAAAAUCUCUACUAAUGUUCCACAACAUGGCUUUUACAUCUGUUAUUUUAUAUAUUACUUUAUAUGUAUGUGAUGAUUAGCUGAGAGGAUCAGUCUCACUCACACAUUCAGUGGAAACAAGCCAAGGGUACAUACUAACAAAGCUAGCUUUGACUCUGCAUCACAGUACUAAUGUGUCAUUCUCUAAUUGUUACUUCCUUCAUCCUUGCUGAAAGUUGAUUUUGCAAUGACUGUGGCAUCGUCCCUGUUGGCUCAUGCAGAGAAUUGUGACAGCCGUGUCAGUUUAGUGCCAAAUGAGCCACACCGUUUACGGCUCGUUACAAGUGCUGUAUAAAGUGAAUCAUCACAUACGCACUUCGCAUCUCACUUUCAGUAUCUUACAAGGAAAUUGAAUCUGUGCUUUAUUGUUUGAUUCAGAUUCUGUCACUCGAUUAAUUCCAUGUAUUUGUUUCCUUAUUUAUGUACAGUACUAUGUAAGUCAGAGACCACCCUUUAUUUCUUUAAUUCCAGUCAAAACAGCUGUUAUGUUUUGACUGUACAUUUUUCAGCCUUGUAAAAAAAGCAGAAAAUGUAAAAGAAAAUGACACAAGAACCUCAACAACUACAUAUAAUAUCAAGUUUUCAUACAUUUAAUACAUCGUUAGCUUAUAUUCGUUUUUAAAUAAAUCUGCAGGGAUAUUUUUUAUACCGCCAAAGUUCAGUCUCAGACUUUGGUUGCAUUUUUUUAAUGAUUUAAUGAUAGAUGCUUACAAAGGUGACGUUCAUAGAAAGUGUUACCAUGAAAGCUUUGAUUGCUGUUUAUCUGAUGGGCACAGUGUUGGUGGUCUAAUCAUUAGCUAGCUUUGGAGACCCCUGUUUUUUCCACGUAUUUCCUUUGACUUUGUUCUUCCUUAUGCUAGUGGAUUAUUUUAUGUAAUCUUCUCAUAAAUCUCCUGAGUAACUUGCAUUAAAUAAAGGGUGGUCUCUGAUUUUUGCACAGUACUGCAUAUGUGUACUUGUUCGUGUUUGUGAAUUACAGGUACAACUGUAGAUAUUUCUACAAAGGAAGUUUGGAUUCUUGUAGCUAAUGGCUCUCUGAAGUUUAUGCAUAGUUUUGUUGUCCUGAACGUAUUGUUCACACGCAUCAGUUGUGCAAUGCACAAGGUAAAGGCAAACAUCUUCUGAAUGAGCACAUUUCAAAAUUGGUCCAAGAAGGUGAUAUGCAAACUCUGCAGAUGGUAUUUGAUGUUCCAAUUAGAACCUUUGUCUAGUAGUGCAAUUAAAAACAAUUGCUGGCCUUUUUUGAGGGUUGCAGGGGGGCUUUUAGUUCAAAAUCGGGUUUUGAAUGAUGGGGGGGGGGCGCCCUACUCUCUUGAGUAGUUGUUGCUGUUCAUAGGCAACUAAGCUAUGUAAGUAAUUACAUCUUUUAUCCCCCAAAAAUGAAAGAAACAAUCAAAAAUGUUCCUUUUCUGUCCGCCUGACCAUCUGUAAUGUGGAUGCCAUCAUAGGUUCUGUAUGUUGAGCAAGAUGUGGCAUGCAUAAUGGCUUGUUGACAUUCUUUGCUUUUUUCUGUGGAAAAGAUUGACUAAUAGCCAGGUUUAUUUGAGCACACACCCUACUCACAGGAUGAAAAACAGCUACAUAUUCAUUGAUGACAUCCUCUGACUGGUGACUGCCUAAAGAUUUCAUCUUAAAACUUCUCCCUGAAAUAAACUCAAUGGAGCACACAUGCAACAUGAUAUUACAUCCAUGUGUAACAGUAUUCAUUUGUUAGUGCCGUUCCACACCAAUCAUGAAAUCUUUGCUGCGAGACACCCAGCUAUAGACUGCCAGUUUGCCUUCUUGGUUUAGUAACGUUCACCAUGCUCAGUUUUGCACUUUAUUACAGGAUACUGCAAUGCAACUUUUUGGCAUUUUCUAUCACCAGAUCUUUUUUCUUUAGAAGCCAGUGCACUACACAUCAGCACUUCUCUGCAGCGACAGAUGAGAUUGAUGACAACAAGGCAUUGUUAAGAAAGGUUUCGAGGUUUGGCAUGUGCCAUGCUUAGUGACUUUUUUGUUUUUCUUUGCGCUGGUCGUUUUGCAACUGUUUGUAUUCAUGUGUAAAAAAA